AAAUUGUGGGCCAUUGUUUCGGGCCAUUACAACUGGCAUUGGCAUUGACAUUGACAUUCCCCUCCUGGGUGGCUCCCGUCCCAUCCGACGCACUGCACCAGGAACAUAUGUAAGUUCUUUGAGAUAAAGUCAUCACUCUAUCUUAUCAAUGGUUACAAUAGUGCUAAUGGAGCUGCAAUAUAAAAGCUGGAGUUGCAAAGCGCAACUCUCAUUGUAGGAAUAUAAGGAAAUGGAGUUGCAACUAGGUCGGAAGUAUUACAAAGAGUUCUGUAUUUUGGCAUGGAUAUGUCUGAUGCGUCCAUCUUUUGGAUCCAUUAUCAAGGACUCUGUGAAAUGUACCGAGGGUUCGGUAGCCGCGGACACGGAUGACUGUGCCAGUUAUUUUCAGUGUAUCGACGAUGAAACUGUACACUUGAAUUGUGCCAAUGGAAGUUAUUUUGAAGCGACUAAUGAAAUCUGCGUGGUGGACGAGUUUGGUGUGUGCCCUACAUCGCGAAGAUUAUGUUUCGAUGGAGACAUCUUUGAGGAUCUAAAUGAUUGUCUGUCCUACGUUAAGUGCAUUCGUGGAGAUCUGGUGAAGCAAAGGUGUCCUACCGGAAGCUACUUCAAUGUAAUAUCGAAAAGCUGCCGCCUGUCUCGAACUGGAUACUGUGCAUCCCAAAGAGAAAUAUGUUUGGAGGGAGAACUACAAGUGGACUCCGAGGAUUGUGCCGGCUACCUGGAGUGCUUGAACGGCGACCUUGUCAAGUUGAAGUGUCCUGUUGGUAGCUACUUUGAGCCCAUAUUCAAACUCUGUCAGGCGGAUGAGAAUGGUGUGUGUUCGUCUGCCUCAAAUGAGUGUACAGAUGGAGAAGUUCAGGUGGAUCCAACUAACUGCGCUGGUUACUUCAAUUGCGAAAAUGGAAAACUAGAAACUAAAACAUGUCCCACUGGCACAUACUUUGAGCCCACAUAUAAAACAUGCACUGUUGACUUAAAAGGAGUGUGUGUGGAUCCACCAGCUGAGUGCACCGAAGGACGACUAGAAAUAGAUCCUAAUAACUGUGCCGGAUAUCUGAAAUGCAUCGAUGGAGAGUUUGUGGAGGAGCAGUGUCCAAGUGGUAGCUACUACGACUUCAGGCUGGAAACGUGUUCCGUGGACAGUGAGGGUGUUUGUGUUACAGUGAGACAACUUUGUGUGGAAGGACUGCGCGAAAAGGAUCCGAAGGAUUGCGCUGCUUACACACAAUGCAUUGGAGGUGAGGUCAAAAGCCUUAGGUGUGAUUCUGGUAAAUAUUUCAAUGUGACGCAGGGAGAAUGCCUCACCGAUUUGUAUGCAGUGUGUCUAAAAUCAGGGAAAGAAUAUUACAGUACUGAGCAUCAUCAAUAUACUGAAAGUACUACUGCGAAUUCAAAUCAGCAAACCGGGAGUACUGAUCCUGAUUUCCAAUCUACUGAUUCUUCUCGGCAAGAGCGUUCUUUCCAAGACUCCUGUAUCUUUGACUUGAAUGGAGCUUGUGUGGAGCCAACUAGCUUUAAUUCUAAAGUUGGAUAUGACAAGGAUUUAGCACAGAUACAGUAUUCCGAGAGUACUAGUGGUGACUUGCAGGAUAAUACGAACUCGGAUAGCACAAUUGCGGAUUUGAAUAACGAAAGUUCAAAUGCUGAUUUCAAAGGAUAUACAGAUUCGAACCCAAGUACGAACGAUGUUCCUCCAAGCACUGAGAGUCCUACCUCCGAUUGGCAAACAACUGAUCUAGAUUUGCAGUUCACCACUUUGAAACAUAUUCAAUAUACUGAAAGUACUGCUGCCCAUUCAGAUCAGCAAACCGAGAGUACUGAAGCGGAUUUCCAAUCUACUGACUCUGCUCUGCUAGAGCUAACAUCCCAAGACUCCUGUAUCUUUGACUUGAAUGGAGCUUGUGUGGGGCAAUCCACAAGCUGCACAGAAGGCAAGAAGCAACGAGAUAUCAACAAUUGUGCAGGAUACCUCAAAUGCAUCGAUGGAAAAUUUGUAGAGGUGGAGUGUCCCGAUAAGACCUACUAUGAUUCCCAUUUGGAAACCUGUUUAGUGAACAAUGGACAAUGUGACACAAAUACUGUUAUUUGCAUUGAAGGAAUUAUAGAAGAAGAUCUGAAAGAUUGCGCAGGAUACACUCAAUGUAUUCGAGGUAAGAUCGAACCACUCAAGUGCGAAUUUGGAAGUUAUUUCAAUGUGACCCAAGGAGAGUGCCUCAUUGAUGUGGAUGAAGUCUGCGAUAGAUCAGGAGUUGAAUAUGACAUGGAUUUUGAACAGUUUUCGUUUUCAGAGAGUACUAUUGGUGAUCUGCAGGAAAGUACGAGUACGGAUAGCACAAUAGCGGAUUUAAAUACAGAUAGUUCAAUUGCUGAUUUCAAAGGAUAUACAGAUUGGAAUCCAAAUACAGAAAGUACUACAAACGACGUUCCUCUAAGCACGGAGAUUUCUACUUCGGAUUGGCAAACAACUGAUCUAGAUCUGCAGUUUACAACUGUAGAUAGAGCCUACAAUCUGGAAAACAUAACCGUCACUUGUGUCUUUAAUAAUAAAUCGUUUAUCGAAGGGAUUCGAGAGGUGGAUCCCCAGGAUUGCGCUGGAUACAUUGAAUGCUUUGGAGGUGAGGCUAAGAACCUUAAGUGUGAUUCCGGCAAAUACUUCAAUACAACCCAAAGAGAGUGCUCCAUUGAUGUGGAUGAGGUCUGUUUCAAGUCUAAUGUAACAACUGUUGUCGACUUGCAAACUACUACUGAGUCUACUCCAAAUUUCACCACUACUAUUGACCCAAUUGCCCAAUGCAGGGAUGGUCAGCUUAGGUUAGAUCCUAACAACUGUGCGGGAUUCCUGAAGUGUGUCGAUGGAGAACUGAAGGAGGAAAUGUGUCCCAGUGGCUUCUUUUAUGAUGCCACAACGAGCAAAUGUAUGGUGGAUAUUCGAGCUACGUGUGUCACUAAUAUCAAAUUUUGCAUAGAAGGAGUCCGCGAAGAAGAUCCCAACAAUUGCGCUGGUUACAGACAAUGCAUUCGAGGCUCUGUCCAAAAUCUGAAAUGUCCCAUUGGACAAUACUUCAAUGUAGCAGAGAGAGAUUGCCUCUAUGAUGUGCAUAAAGUGUGUGCACUGACUGAAGAGGAUCAUAACCCAGUUGAUGUGCUUCACAAUGUCACUGCUCCGCCGAUUACUAAACCGGAUCAGUCCUGCAUCCUGGACAUCAAUGGGGUUUGCGUUGAUCCACUUGCAAAAUGCACAGAAGGACAGGUUAAAUUAGAUCCCAAUAACUGCGCAGGAUACCUCAAAUGUUAUAAUGGUGAACUGAUUGUGGAACUCUGUCCAGAUGGCUUCUACUACGAUCUGCAAUUGAAGAUGUGCUUGGUGGACAGGAGAGGAAUUUGCGUCACAAAUAUACAAAUUUGCGAUGAAGGAGCACUGGAAGAGGAUCCCUACGACUGUGCUGGAUACAGGCAAUGCAUUGGAGGUCAGGUCGCCAAUCUGAAAUGUCCGUUUGGAAGCUAUUUCAAUGUGCCCCUGAGAGAUUGCCUUGUUGAUGUGGAUGAAAUCUGUGUAAGGACAGAAUACAAGUAUUUCGAAUAAUAACGUGCAAUUGAUUAUGUUCUUGAAUGUUAUACGAUAAGACAAACAUAUUUAAAUCUAAAAACAAAACAAAAGAAAAGAAACAGUAAUUGCUUUAAUCAGGGUAGCGACUUUACCAACCUGAUUACUUCGUAUAAUUUAGUCGAUCGAUUUCGCAUGAGUAAUAAAUAUGCAGGCAUGAUAAGUUCCAA